CUGCUGCGGUGCUGCCUCUCCGUCGCUGCUGCGGUGCUGCCUCUCCGUCGCUGCUGCGGUGCUGCCUCUCUGUCGCCAGAAUCUGCCUCAUCCAGUAAACCAGUGAACCAAUAACCUAGCCGGUUUGAUCACCGGUUCGGUUUUUACAACUAUGCUCUGAAGUCGAAACUCUCGUCUCAAGCUCUCAAUUUUGGAAUCUGGACGAAGCUCUGUUGCUCCUUUGAAGGUCGCCGGCGCACGCUGCCAUCACCAUUCUUGGACGGCGAUUUCAGCCGAUGCGGAAGGAUACGAUUUUAACGCGAUCUUCGCUACCUUGAAAGGGAACACUGUAACCUCUGAGCUUCAGCUUAUCCACGUUUUGCAACCAUGCGCGCCGUAGCUGCUCGCUUUUCUAACUAUUUAUGUAAGAGGAGACCUGUGAUCAGUGUUCAAUCUCGUAAUUUUUCAUCAUAUAGUGGCAAAGAUGAGCUAUCUAUUGAACAAGAAGCUGAGAGAAAAGUUGGAUGGCUAUUAAAGACGAUAUUUUUCGCCACAGCUGCAGCCGCAGGAUACCAGUUCUUUCCUUAUAUGGGAGAGAACUUGAUGCAGCAGUCAGUUUCACUUUUGCGCGUCAGGGAUCCCUUGUAUAAAAGGAUGGGAGCUUCUAGGUUGACUCGAUUUGCAAUAGAUGAUGAAAGAAGGAUGAAGAUACUUGAGAUGGGUGGAGCUAAAGAGCUCUUAAAUAUGUUAAGCACGGCUAAGGAUGACCGCACACGAAAAGCAGCUUUGGAGGCUCUUGCUGCAUUGUCACAAUCAGAUAAAGUUCUUGCGUCGCUGCACAAUGCUGGGGCCAUUUCAAUCAUUAGGUCUGUACCAAAUUCACUUGAGGAUGCAGAAGUUGAGAAAUUCAAGUUGAGCUUGAUGAAGAGGUUCCAGGAUCUGAGGGUUUCAUAUGAAGAAAUUGAUGGGAUUUCAAACUGGAUGCAAAUAUUUUUGUUUGGUAGUUAAAGAAGUUGCAGACCAAGAAACUGAUAAAGGUCCUGGUGAAGUUACAUCAGAAAGUAUGCAACAUGGCCAUCACCAUUAACCCUCUCAAAUCUACAGCGCCCGACGACUGAGCGCUUCUGUUUCCUCUUUUAUUUGUAACCAAGCCAUUUCCCAGAUUAAUUACUCAUCCACAUAAUGAUCAUCAGUUCCAUAAGAACUGGAUGUUGUGCUUAAUACAGAACAAAAACAUCAUAUAUUCAGAUCAGGCUCAUGAAUUCCUCUUCAAUAGCAAAGGCCUAAGCACAUUUCUAGCAUGGUGGGAAACAUGAACUUUGUGCAUCAUCUAACAGAAUCAUCAGUGCUAUUCUCGUCUUUUUUUCUUUUCUUUUCUUUUUUUUCUUUGAAUAAAAGGGAAAUUUUAUUUUGAAGGCAUAUUUAAAAAACAUUUAAAAUAAAUAUUUUAAAUUUUAUUUAAGCAGAAUAGUUACUUUACCAUACACUUUACUAAAUGUUUAUUGUUAUUGGCCAAUAA